UUCUGGUCGUUUCGUACGGAUUCGGACUUGUGGUCGUAGAAGUUACUAGGAUUUCGCAUCAAGCUUGAUAUUUUCUCGACGCGGUGAUGGAUCUAGAUGGUGGAACUUACGAGCCCGGAUUUGUAGGGAUUCGUUUCUGUCAAGAAUGCAACAACAUGUUGUAUCCCAAAGAGGACAAAGAGAACCGCAUUCUUCUUUACGCUUGUAGGAACUGUGACUACCAACAGGAAGCAGACAACAGCUGUAUCUAUGUCAACAAGAUCACGCACGAAGUCGAUGAGCUGACCCAGAUCAUUGCUGACGUGUCACAGGACCCCACGCUUCCCCGCACAGAGGACCACCCAUGUCCCAAGUGUGGCCACAAGGAGGCAGUGUUUUUCCAGUCUCACAGCAUGAAAGCAGAGGAUGCCAUGCGGCUUUACUACGUCUGCACUGCUCCUCACUGCGGACACCGCUGGACCGAGUGAGGAGGAGGAUGAUGAUGAUGAUGAGGAUGAGCUGGUAGAGCCAUAAAUGGCAGCCUCAGCAAGCUCCCACCACAGCUCUCCGUGGGCUCCCUCCACCUGGCGGUCACCUGCUCAGCUCAACCCUUCACAACAGACAUUUCUUGAGGCUCUGUAGAUUGGCUUUGACUGUCUGGGACAGCCUCUGAGUGUGUAGACCCUACUGAAGUGGGGGUGUGCCUCUGAAGCUGCGUGGAGCUGUGUAGAACCAAUAAUGGUCACAAGGGGAAGUGGCACACACGCAUCUGCCCACACCAUUAUAUGUUAAUGUUUUGUGUCUAAGAAUUUUUAUUUUUAAUUGGUUGAUAUUUUUUAGAAAUGUGUCAGGAAUAA